AUUAUUAAUUCACACAUACGACCCUAUACCCGCUCCGAAAUGGCAAGAACCAAGCAGACUGCCCGCAAGUCCACUGGCGGCAAAGCCCCAAGGAAGCAGUUGGCCACCAAGGCUGCACGCAAGAGCGCCCCGGCCACCGGCGGUGUGAAGAAGCCCCAUCGCUACAGGCCCGGUACCGUGGCCUUGAGGGAGAUCCGUCGCUUCCAGAAGUCCACCGAGCUCUUGAUCCGCAAGUUGCCCUUCCAGCGUCUGGUCAGGGAAAUCGCUCAGGACUUCAAGACCGACCUGCGCUUCCAGAGCUCCGCCGUCAUGGCUCUUCAGGAGGCCAGUGAGGCUUACCUGGUCGGCCUGUUCGAGGACACCAACCUGUGCGCCAUCCACGCCAAGAGGGUUACCAUCAUGCCCAAGGACAUCCAGCUGGCUCGCCGCAUCCGUGGGGAGCGUGCUUAAAACCUUGACUCGCUGCCCAGUCAUGACAAAGGCUCUUUUAAGAGCCACCUA